AUGGCUCCGAUCACAAAGGACGAGCACAUUGUCCUCCUCUUCUCCUGUAUCAAGAACAGCAAAGGCGCAGGCCAAGUCGACUGGAGCGGCGUCGCCACAGACACCGGACUCACCACUAACGCCGCGUACGUCUUCUCUCCUUCUCCCCUCACACGUCUUGCGCAUUUCACCCAGCUGACCAAGCAACCCGCCCACCCAACAGUUNCCAAGCGCUACAACAAACUCGCCGCCGACUAUGGGGUCCGUGGAGUACUGCGCAGCAGCGCUGGCCGCGUUUCUACUGCUCGUGCCAAGAAUCGCGCUGGAGAUGAAGAAGGAGAGCAAAGCGACGCGCAAGAAGAUCCGCCGCGAGCAAAAGGAAAGGGACGCCAAACGCGCAGACAAGGAGGAAGCGCGAAGAAGAAGCGCAAGAUGAAGCACGACGACAGCUCUGAAGCUGAGGCCGAAGUCGAGACUGAACAAAUUGUCGAUUACGAUGCUUUGGAUGCUGUUGAGGGCGAAGAGGAUGUCGUCAAGACUGAGCUUAACACUGAAGACGGCGAUGAAGAGGCGAGUCUUGGAGAUUGGAAUGUAUGUGGCUGA